AUGAUAGUUCCAAUGAAUAUUUUCCUUUCCUUGUCCGCUCCCUACCCCCUGUCCCUCCUCUCCUCUCUACAGGACCUGGGAUACGCGCAAUUGGCCCACGUGCCUCCUAUCAAUGGCCUCUACGGCAGCUUCAUUCCGCCAACCGUCUACGCCAUAUUCGGCACAUCCCGCCACAUGGCCAUAGCACCAGUCGCCAUCGUCUCUCUCCUCAUGGGAGAACUCCUCUCCACCCAUUACAACCCCGACUCCCAGCCCUCCCAAUACCUCCGCCUCGCCUUCACCUCCACCUUCUUCGCGGGGGUGUUUCAGCUGGCAAUGGGGCUGCUGCGGCUGGGGUUUGUGGUGGACCUGCUGUGCCAUCCGGUGGUUGUGGGGUUCAUGGGGGGAGCGGCGGUCACGAUUGGGCUGCAGCAGCUCAAGGGGCUGCUAGGGUAUGCGACUUUUACCACAAAAGGGAACGUGCAGUCGGUGUUGGGCUAUGUUUUCAGCAACACGUAUCUGUUCAACUGGCGUGCAUUUGUCAUCGGCAUGGCGGUGCUUCUCUUCCUCCUCUCGCUCCGCUUCCUCGCCCACCAUUUCAAGCCCCAUCCGAGGCUCGGCAAGCCGCUUUUCUACCUCAACUGCCUUGGCCCGAUCCUAGCAGUCACUGCCACUUCCCUCGCCGUCUACCUCCUGGGCGGCGGCAACAAACCCCCCUACAACAUCCCCACCGUCAAACCGCUGCCAGCUGGCAUCGCCUCGUUCGGCUCGCUGACUCAGCUCCAGCUGUCGGGCCCUGAUUGCGCGGCGGCCGCGUCCAUAGGGAUUGUCGCGGCGCUGAUUGCCCUAGCAGAAGCGACUGCGAUCGCGAGGAUGUUUGCGACAUUGGAGGGUUACGAGGUGGAUGGUAACCGCGAGAUGAUCGCCCUCGGCAUGGCCAACAUCGGAGGCUCCUUCUCCUCGACCUACGUGGUAACCGGGUCGUUUUCGCGGUCCGCUGUCAAUUACAAUUCCGGCGGAAAAACCGCGCUGACCAACGUGAUUAUGUCGGCGCUCGUUUUAGUCACGCUCGUUGCAGUCACGCCUGCAUUUCAAUACCUCCCUACAGCCACCCUCUCUUCGAUCAUCAUCGUUGCUGUCGCAGGAUUGGUGGAUUUUACAGCCAUGGCUGUUAUCCUUAGAACCGACAAACUAGAUUUUCUCAUCACUCUAGGAACCGCAUUGGGGAUUCUCUCUGUCUCCAUGGAAAUCGGGCUCCUUAUAGGCGUCCUCGUUUCAAUGCUGAAGUUCUUCGUACAGGUGGCACACCCUAAUCUGCCGACGCUGGGGCUUAUAAAGGGUAUGGGGGUGUACCGAAGUGUGGAGCAGUAUGGGGAUGCGGAGCAGGCGGAGGGGGUGUGGGUGAUGAGGGUGGAUGGACCGUUGCUCUUCCCCGGUGCGAGCUAUGUGCGGCAGCAGGUGUUGAGGGCGGUGGAGAGGAGUGAAAGCAGCAACGAGAAGCGAAUCACGCAUGUGGUGUUGGAUUGCACGUCAGUGACCGACAUCGACACAACAGCCAUCCAUGCCCUAGAAGACCUCCUUAGCAUGUUGCACCGCCACCAGGUGCAGCUGGUUCUCACCAACCCAGCCACUGUGCUGCUCCGAAAGCUUGCUCUCUCGGGGUUCAUGGACGAGUUGGGCGACGAGUGGCUGUUUCUCUCUAUUGCAGAAGCAGUGGCGUUUUGCCAAUCGGUUGCUAAGAGAGAAGGUGUGUAA